AUGGCCGUGAGGAGGAGGGGCCCGGGCACGAGACCAGCAGCGGGCACGCGCGUGCAGGAAGGCGGUGAGGUCGACAGCUUGCCCAAGUCGCGGUGGAGUGACGGGAACAACGGUGGACGAGGAAGCAGAGGGGAGGCGUCGCGUGGAGGAGAGUCGACGGGGCGGCGCUCGCCGGAGUCGGGGCCGAAGGGGACGGAUCGAGGGGCUCCUCCCCUGUCAACGGAGCUGAUGAGGCGGUGGCGCCGGGUAGACGAGGAGGCGGGCGAGGAGGAGGUCGGGGAUGGGUCGUCGAGGCUGGAUCCAGGGUGGAGGCGCACAGGAGGAGGCUCGAGGCGCGCUGGAGGUGGUGGUGCUCGCGGGUGCAAGGCGGUCGGGACACGCCGGCCGGAGGGGCGACGGGGCAUGGCUUUGGGCGCCAUGGGAGGCAAGGCGUGGGGCGUGAUCUUGGAGCACCCCAGCCGGAGGAUGAGGCAGGGACAUACCCAGGCGGCGGGGAUGGACAACGUCGGUGGAGAUGCAGGGCAACAGGCCAGUGGCGGGGCUUGA